AGAAACCUGUCGUCUCUGCUGUGAACGGGGCGUUUGAUUUUUAAUUCAACUCCAUUGUACGGUGAUGCAGAUUUCCGGAGAGAAUUUAGAGGAGGAUUAUCGCUUGUUCUGGUGGGAGGAAAGAACCGGAGAUCUGAAUUUUCUCUGGUCCUCCUCCAUGCAUUGAGGAAAGCAAGAAAAAUAAUAUCUAUUAUGAAUGUGUGUAUCCUGCAUUAGUCAUGUCCAAAAAAAGAAAAAAAAGGAAUGAAGCAAAAAAAAAAAUGUUUCAGUCUGUAUUCUGAGUCCAUCAACUUUCUGUCUGCAGGUGAAUGGCAUAGUCACUUGGAAUUGUGGUUGGUCAUUGUGUUGAUUAGAUGAUUAUCAACUUUCUCAUCUAUAAACUUCUCACUUCUAAAAGCCUUUCAUAAGAAGAGACUAUGUCUGUUGUGCACCAGCUGUCAUGUGGAUGGCUAGUGGAUCAUCUUGCCUUCAUCAAUAACAUUGAUUACCAACUUUGCCAGCACCAUGAGCCAACUUCCAGUAAUGCUUUACCCAUCUCAUCUCCUCACUGUGGUUCUUUUAAUGUAACUUCUACAUCUUCUGUUGAAUUGUCUGCUACAUCGAUGACCUUUGAACCUGCCACAAAACCAGGGACUGAUGAAAGAGAAAAGAAUAAAGCAUCAAUGCAAAAAUAUACAUUUCGAGCUGAACUGUUUCAUGUUACUAAACCCCAUGUGACAACAGCUGAUUGCACAGCAUUCCAGCAAAGAAAUAAAAUAGAGGUUCAAAAGGAUGGCAGUGUCAACCAUGAGAAGCAAGAAUGUGUUAAAGACCAAGAUUCUGUUUCUGCUGUUAGGAAGAAAGGCAAAAGAUUCUAUUGCAUUCAAUCAAGUGAAUUGGAUGCUCUGGAAUACCAUACAAAAAGUAGGGACUGAUUUUGGGAGGGUGCUACACAAUUAGUCCAAGAAGGCCUGAAAGAUUGGUUUUCUUUACGCAUUUUUCAGAAAAACUGGACAAUUGGUAACAUGACCACUACUGUGGACUUGAUAGCUGUGGGUUUGGCUGAACUAUGUGACAUGGCUAAACAGUUUCCUUUAGUGAAUGAAAAUGAACUUGAUACAGUACAGUCGAUAGAUGCAGAUGUAUAAUCAGAACAGGAUGUAUUUUCACGAAUUACCCAAAACAGCUCAGACUUUACAAAGAUGAUUAUUCUAAUGGGACCAGAAAUACCUGUUCCACCAAAAAGCAGCUUCCUCUUGUCUGAUCUUUCUUGUAUGCAGCCACUUCUGAAUUUUGUCCUUUUUGGCUUGCAGAUGGGAAAAAAAUAUGAUGUAAUUGUGAUAGAUCCACCAUGGCAGAACAAAUCUGUUAAAAGAAGCAAAAGGUACAAUUAUUUAUCUUUGCAAAUAAAACAAAUACCUGUUCCCCAAACUGGGCUGCCUCCAAAACGUCUUGUAAUCACUUGGGUCACCAAUCGACAGAAACACUUACAGUUUGUAAAGGAUGAUUUUUAUCCCUAUUGGUCUGUGGAAACGCUUACCGAAUGGCACUGGGUGAAAGGGGGUAAGUUUGUGUUCCCAUAAGAUUCUCCACACAAAAAGCCUUAUGAAGGUCUAGUACUGGGGAGACGUCAAGGAAAAAACUGUUUUGCCAUUAGGAACCCAGAGAUGAAAGUGCUUCCAAUUCCAGACCACAAAUUAAUUGUCAGUGUGCCCUGUACCCUUCAUUCACACAAACCACCUCUUACAGAAGUUCUAAAAGACUAUAUCAUGCCAGAUGCUGAAUGCUUGGAAUUGUUUGCUCGAAACUUACAACCUGGAUGGACUAGCUGGGGAAAUGAAGUUCUUAAAUUUCAGCAUGUUGAUUAUUUCAUUACUCCAGAGACUGGAAACUGACUGUAAUCUUCUGACUAAAGUAAUCCUUCUCCUUGUCUCCUCCACCAUCCCCUAAUGUGAUGUACCUCACUGUGCCUUUUACUACUGGAUAUACAGUUGGAUAUUUAAAUAGGACUCAGUUGUUUUUAUAGACAAAAUGCAUUGUAGUGAUGAGUCUUUGUAUUUACUUAGGGUUAGUGUAACUUCUAUUUUAAACUCUGCAGAUAACAUGUUAAGGAAGGAAGAAAAUGGGUCACUAAUAACCUUGUAGUCGAUUCAAACAAACAAACAAACAAACUGUAUAUAGUUCUCUCUGGGAUACAAUUAUACUUUGAAAAGUGUUCUAGGAAGGGCCAAGUGCAUUAAGGUUUAUGCAAUAUUCUUUGUGGUUUUAGAUUGCACGUCAGGGUCACUUGUCAGUGCUUCUUCUUUUGUACUUAUUUUAA